AUAGAAUUAAGAUUGAAUCAGAUCGGACUCGGAGCCAGUGUAGAAACAAAAAGAUUCAAUAAGACAGCAUAAGCAUAGAUUUCAAGACUUUUAUAUUGUUCGUGAGUCCUUUUGUAAAUAGCAAUCUCGUAUGUUUAUUUGCACGAAUUAAAUUCAUGUGUAUGUCCGAGAUUUGUAUUUUCCCUAUAAUGAGGGAAUUAUAUUACUUCAUUUCAUAGAUAAUAAUUAUAAUCUUAACUCGAGCCCGACCAUGGAUGGGAGAAACAAACAUGAAUGCAAGAUCUCAGACUUUUGACUUAACAGUGGAGGGCCACCAGGUGGAUGAAGCAAUAGCCAGUAUAUUCCAUUCGGUAUUAUUUCAUAGGACACUUGGAAAAUUCCGUUACAAAGAAGAAGGCAACUACUCCGUAGGAACUAUUGGUUACUCAGAUGUUGAUUGCCAUUUCAUAGAUUUUACCUAUGUAUGUUGCUCAUCAGUCAGUUUAGACAGCAAUUUAAAGAAGGAGAUCUCUGUUUUUUCUGACGUUCUACGUGGAACAGAUGGACCUGGCUCAGGACAGAUCUCGCUUGAAUUUUUUCAGAAAAAGAAAAACAUUUGGCCUUUCCAACCUGAAUGUAUACCUUGGGAAGUAUGGAAUGUACGACUUGAACUUAUUAAACUUAAUAAUGAACAUGAACGACAGCUUUGCAGAGAAAAGGUUGGAGAGCUUCUGGCUGAAAAAAUUAUGUACAUAGCAGAAAUCAUGAAUAGGCAUGAUUAUGUGCCAAAAAAUCCGAGCCAGCCUGACUUGGACUUAAUAUUUGACACUUCCUAUCAAGAUUGUCAACCCUACUUAUAUAAGAUCGUUUACAUGACGUCUGGCCCUUCAGUCACUUCUGUUGGAUCAACUAUGAAGAAGCUGAUACGUGACUCAUUGUCACUCUAAAUCUAGUUCUCUAAUUGUAGAGACAAGUGCUCUUCUUUUUUCCUUUAAUUGCAUAAGUAUACUUUAAAUUUAAUUUAAUAAGAGGUAUUAAAUUUUUGCACCUCAUAAAUGCAAUAAUUUAUGUAAUAGUAAUUUGUGCCAUUUUCAAAUCAGACAAUGAAUGAAAUAAUAUAUCAUAUACAUUACUUUUAUAAAAUAAAGACUAUAUUUUGCAAUAUUUAUGUACAUUAGCUAUUGGAUCAUUUUAUAUGGUUUUAUAUUUUAAAUUUUGAUUAAUAUUUUUUUAUUACUUAGUGAUUCAAUAUAUAGUAUUGUUGCUGCUUGAGAGUUUCAAGGUGGUUAAAUAUGUUUCAGCCUGAUACUGAUGAUAAAAGUUGGAAUAACUCAAUCAUUAACAGUUUUGUUUUUAUAUGUGAUAGCUGUUGUAUGUGUAAGUAAAUUUUUAAUUCUAAUACUUUCCUGAUUAGUUUUAAGAUAAAAAAAAUUAUUUUGUAUUUUCAAUAUAUUAUUCUUUUUAAGCGCUCACGCCGAACAGGUGGAUUUAAGCUAGUUUGUACAUAUUUAUUGUAAAAAGGUUUUACCCUUUUGAAACUUUUUUUGAUUUAAAAUUAUUGCUGUGAAUAAUAAUGUAAUAACCAUUACUACACAACAUGAAGAGAGUGAUGCUGAAUUCAGUAAAUAUCUAUUACUAAAUCACAAAGAGUAGAACAUUUGUGGUGGUUACAAACACAUACUGAACAUUCUUUAUCUUGACAGCAUGAAUAUUGUUUUAGAACUUUGCAAAACUAAUUUUAUUUGGCAGUUUUGUAAAUUGUUACCCUUUUUAUUUUGUACUUCAUAAUGGGUUUGGUGGUUAUGAUUCUCCAUUGUGUUAUCAGUUUGUUCCACCUGGUGGGUUUAUAUACCACAUCAAAAAGGGUUACAUAAAUUUUUAUUAUUAAAAUGUAUACAAAUAUUUUACAUUGCCAGUAAUUUAGUAUUUUUAAGUGUAUAGAUGUAUUCUGUAAAACCAAUUUGCAACACAUUUAAUUUCUUGUUCAAAGGAAUAAAAAUAUUUUCAGUUUGUUACAUCAAAGCCAAUAAAAUAAAAAAUGACUGUUAUAUACUUUUGAA